CGCGCCGCCUCCCGUGGGCGGAGCGGGCGCAGGGAGGGAGGGAGGGAGGUAGCGCGGGCAGCGGCGACAUGUCGCACCCGUCCCCCAGCGCCCGGCCCGGCAACCCCCGCAACCCCCGCGCCUUCUUCGAUGUGGACAUCGGGGGCGAGCGAGUUGGACGCAUUGUCUUUGAAUUAUUUGCUGACAUUGUACCUAAAACUGCCGAAAACUUCAGGGCAUUAUGUACAGGAGAGAAAGGAACAGGGCCCACAACUGGAAAACCUCUCCAUUAUAAAGGAUGCCCUUUCCAUAGAAUUAUUAAGCAGUUCAUGGUCCAGGGUGGAGAUUUCUCAAAUCAAAAUGGCACUGGUGGAGAAAGUAUUUAUGGUGAAAAAUUUGAAGAUGAAAACUUUCAUUAUAAGCACGACAAACCGGGGCUGCUGAGCAUGGCAAACGCGGGACCUGGCACUAACGGCUCCCAGUUCUUCAUUACCACGGUGCCUACUUCUCACCUGGACGGGAAACAUGUGGUGUUCGGCCAAGUGAUCAAAGGAAUGGGUGUUGUUAAAAUAUUAGAAAACGUCGAAGUAAAUGGAGAAAAUCCUGCUAAGUUGUGCGUCAUUGCAGAAUGUGGAGAGCUAAAGGAAGGAGAUGACUGGGGAAUUGUUCCCCAGGAUGGUUCUGGAGAUGCUCAUCCAGAUUUUCCUGAAGACUCAGAUAUAGACUUAAAAGAUGUUGACAAGAUUGUGGCCAUAGCAGAAGACAUAAAGAAUAUAGGAAAUACUUUCUUCAAAUCGCAAAAUUGGGCAAUGGCAGCUAAAAAGUAUAGUAAAAGUUUACGGUAUGUAGAAGCUUCUGAAACGGUGGCAGAAGAGGCUGACAAGCCAAAGCUGAAGACCAUUGGGCUGACUUGUGUUUUAAACAUCGGUGCCUGUAAGCUAAAACUGUCCGACUGGCAGGGAGCCAUUGACAGUUGUUCGGAGGCUCUUAAAAUAGAUCCAGCAAAUACUAAAGCUCUCUACAGACGGGCUCAAGGAUGGCAGGGAAUAAAAGAUCUCGAUCAGGCACUGGCUGAUCUUAAGAAGGCUCAUGAAAUAGCCCCUGAAGACAAAGCUAUCCAGACGGAAACACUCAAAAUCAAGCAGAAGAUAAAAGCCCAAAAGGAGAAAGAGAAGGCAGCUUAUGCUAAAAUGUUCGCUUGAUAUUUUUAUUGUUAAGCUUUUAAUUCUAUGCACUAACUCUUGCGAAAGACAAAAUGGAGCUGGAGGCGACUGUUCCCUCUUUCAUUUGCCCUGUACUGCACUUCUUGGUGUUUACAACUUAAAAAGUCUAAUAAAGACAUUGUUCAAAGG